CAGACUUUUCAUUGCAAACCUGAAUGGGCCAACAGAACUGAGAAACCCUGUCUACGCAGAUCAUAUUGCGUUGUUUACAACGACGACACCAUAGAUUGGACAACAUACACCGUUUUGAUAUGGCAACUUUUAUUACGAGCCCCUCCCAUUUGAGCUGUGACUGAACUGAACGAGGAGUAGACUUCAGACAGCAGUGGACUGUGAGUCAGUCGGUGACAGUCACAACUGAGCAAGACACAAGUAUCUCUUGAGAAUUGCCAACACAAACGUGGAUCUGGUCGUUUUCCCACAUUGAUUUCUACUUUUUCCCAAGGAUUUUCUUUAAACUGAUAUUUGUGUGGAUACUUGUAAGCAGAAAGGACUACAAUCAUUUGUACACUUCAUCCUGACAGAGCAAUGGAAGUUCUGAAGUUUUGUCAUUUAAACUCAAGCCUGGAUUUGAACAAGUUCAACAUCAUCAUCACUGGUUGAUUGCCGCUUGGAAUAACACUGAUAAAAAUGGUAGAGCCAGUUGGAUUUGUGGAUGCUUGGAGGGCUCAGUUCCCUGAGUCCGAUCCUCCUUGUAUGGAGCUGAACUCAAUGGGUGAGAUUGAGCAGGAACUGGAUAAAUGCAAGUCGUCCAUCAAGCACUUGGAGAAGGAAGUAAACAAAGAGCGUUUUCGUAUGAUCUACCUGCAGACUUUACUGGCAAAAGAGAAGAAGUCAUAUGACGGCCAGAGAUGGGGAUUUAAACCAGUGGUGCAGAAUGACAAUGGCGUAGACAGUGGCCAAGACAAGAAGAUCAACAAACCAACAAGGUGUAAGUCACAUCCUCAUAGUGAUUUGGCCAAAGGUAGAGCGUCCCCUGUGAGACAAGACAGUACAGAUGUUUCAGAUAUCCCAACUGGACCAGGAUCUGUGGCGGCGAUAAGAUCCAACUUUGAGCGAAUUCGCAGAGCCAAUUCUCACACAGGUGCAGAUAGCAGAGGUCUGGCAGUAGCAGGAGGCCCUGAAAAGCCAUUUUAUGUCAACAUGGAGUAUCACCAUGAAAAAGGACUGGUAAAAGUGAAUGAUAAAGAUGUUUCGGAUAAAAUAAGCACACUUGGUAGUCAGGCUAUGCAAAUGGAAAGGAAGAGAUCGCUAAAUUCGCUGCCAGUUAACCUGUCUGCUUCCACUAAGGAGGUGAAUAGUAAAUUUGUACAAAGGAGGGGAUCUGCUGAAGGAAAUUAUGAUGGGUUGAAUAAUGAGCAAGAAUUUUACCUGCAAUCACAAAAAGACAGUUCAAGUCCAAAGCCAACUGACUGUCAACCCUAUACUACUGUUUAUGUUGGUGGAAUGAUGCCAGAAAGUGAAACUAAAGUUAUCAACAUUACAGACAGGACCAUUGAGGAUGAUGCCAAUUUAACAUGGCCAAGGCGUUCCUACUCUCCUGGCAGUUUUGAAGAAGGCUACACACCAGACUGCAGCUCCAAUGAGAACUUAACAUCCAGCGAGGAGGACUUUUCUUCGGGACAGUCCAGCCAUGUGUCCCCCAGUCCCACCACAGCGUACCCCAUGUACCAUCGGGACAAAAGCCGCUCGCCCUCCCAGAAUUCUCAGCAGUCGUUUGAGAGUAGCAGCCCCCCCACACCACUGUCACAGAAAAGGUUAAAACAGCUUCAAGGGCAGGUGUUGGUGAUGGGUUCUGGGGGGCAUAGAUCAGGACCAGUUUGGCCCAGUGAUGGAGAGUCCACUGCAUCCAGCCGGACGUCCCAUGACACCAGUCUUCAGGGAGAUAUAGAAACCCCUUACAAUGAUACAUCUGGGUCCUACACGUUUGAACUGGACCAGACCGAGGACCAGAACUUGGACUCGUUCAGUGGAGACACGCAGUCCAAUGGCUCUCUGGAAUCUGCUCUGUCGGUUGACUUGGAUCAGGAAAAAGGGCUGGAAAUGCGGAAGUGGGUUUUGUCGGGAAUUCUGUCCAGUGAGGAGACAUACCUCAGCCACCUGGAGGCGCUUUUAAUACCGAUGAAGCCCCUGAGAGCAGUGGCCACCACAUCUCAGCCGAUGCUCACGGUUCAACAGAUCGAGACCAUCUUUUUCAAAGUCCCUGAGCUUUACGAGAUCCACAAAGAGUUUUACGACGCACUGCUGCCCCGAGUCCAAGAUUGGAGCCAAAACCAGUGUGUGGGAGACCUUUUUCAGAAACUGGCCAGUCAGCUCGGAGUGUACAGAGCCUUUGUAGAUAACUAUAAAGUCGCCGUGGAGACUGCAGACAAGUGCUGCCAGGCAAAUGCCCAGUUCGCCCAGAUAUCCGAGAGUCUGAAAGUAAAAAGCACAAAGGACUGCAAAGAUCAGUCAGCCAAAUAUUCACUUGAAACUCUCCUUUACAAACCUGUCGACAGAGUAACCCGCAGCACACUCGUUUUACAUGACCUAUUGAAGCACACGCCCUCGUCUCACCCAGACCUCCCUCUGCUCCAGGACGCUCUACGAAUCUCCCAAAACUUUCUGUCAAGCGUCAACGAAGAGAUUACGCCACGCCGCCAGUCCAUGACCAUCAAGAAGGGAGAGCACAGACAGCUGUUGAGGGACCGCUUCAUGGUGGAGCUGGUAGAGGGCUCUAGGAAGCUUCGUCAUGUAUUCUUGUUCACUGACCUCUUGCUCUGCACCAAACUGAAGAAGCAGGCUUUGGGGAAGGGGCAGCAGUACGAUUGUAAGUGGUACAUCCCAUUGGCCGACCUCACAUUUCAGACUCUAGAGGACUGUGAGUCAACACCCAUCCCUUUGGUUCAGGACGAGGAAAUUGACGCUAUGAAAAUCAAAAUCUCCCAAAUCAAGAAUGACAUCCAGCGAGAAAAGAGAACAACGAAAGCCCCCAAAGUGCUGGAACGAUUGAAGAAGAAGCUGUCUGAGCAGGAGUCCAUGCUGCUGCUGAUGUCCCCCAACAUAGCAUUCAGAGUGGCCAACAGGAAUGGCAAGGGUUUCACAUUUCUCAUCUCUUCUGAUUAUGAGAGAGCCGAGUGGAGAGAAAUCAUUCGAGAACAACAGAAAAAAUGUUUUAAAAGCUUCUCUCUAACUUCUCUGGAGCUGCAAAUGCUCACUAACUCCUGUGUUAAACUCCAGACAGUGCACACAGUACCAAUGACAAUGAGCAAAGAAGAUGAUGAGUCUUCGGGUUUGUAUGGCUUCCUAAAUGUCAUCGUCCACUCGGCAUCAGGCCUCAAACAGAGUCUAAACCUGUACUGUUCUCUGGAGGUGGAUUCAUUUGGAUAUUUUGUGAACAAGGCCAAGACACGAGUGCACCGGGACUCAACUGAACCAAACUGGAACGAGGAGUUUGAGAUCGAACUGGAAGGUUCCCAGACUCUGAGGCUGCUCUGUUAUGAGAAAUGUGGCACUAAAUCAAAAUUGGGCAAAGAAGAUGCAGAACUCACAGAGAGAAUCAUUGCCAAAGGUCAAAUCAAGCUGGACCCACAGACUUUACAAAACAAAGACUGGCAAAGAACUGUUAUUGCUAUGAAUGGGAUUGAGGUGAAGUUGUCAAUGAAGUUCACUAGCCGAGAAUUCAGCCUAAAGAGGAUGCCUUCAAGGAAACAAUCUGGAGUGUUUGGAGUCAAAAUAAAUGUGGUGACAAAGAGAGAGCGAUCGAAGGUUCCCCUGAUCGUGCGGCAGUGUGUGGAGGAGAUCGAGCGGAGAGGGAUGGAGGAAGUGGGGAUCUACAGAGUUUCUGGAGUCGCAACAGACAUACAAUCACUGAAAGCUGCAUUUGACACAAAUAAUAAGGAUGUGUCUUUGAUGAUGAGCGACAUGGACGUCAAUGCCAUCGCUGGGACUCUCAAGUUGUAUUUUCGUGAACUGCCCGAGCCUCUUUUCACUGACGAGCUCUACCCAAACUUUGCUGGAGGCAUUGCUCUUUCAGACAGUGUUGCCAAGGAAAGCUGCAUGUUGAACUUACUGCUGUCUCUACCUGAACCCAACCUGGUCACUUUUCUCUUCAUACUCGACCAUUUAAAAAGGAUUGCUGAAAAUGAGAGCAUUAACAAGAUGUCAUUGCACAACCUGGCUACAGUUUUUGGUCCUACUUUGCUUCGGCCAUCUGAGAAAGACCGUAAAUCCAAUAGCUCCCAGCCCAUCUCCAUGAAUGAUUGCUGGUCUUUGGAAGUCAUGGCUCAGGUUCAAGUGCUGCUGUAUUUUCUGCAACUUGAGAGCAUCCCAACUCCGGACAGCAAACGCCAGAGCCUUCUCUUCUCCACUGAAGUAUAACAGAGAAAGUCAUUUUUCCUACGAUUAGCCUCGAAUGUUACUGAGCUGCUGCUGGUUUACCAUGAAGUUUCAUUAUAUGUCCAGCAGAGGGAGGCAAUGACAUACUUUUAGUUUUGAUUGGCCAUCGUGUCUUUUUCUUUUUUGUUAGUUCAGUAAUCUAUUCUUAAUCAUUCCUGUUUUUAUUUAAACACUUUUCUUUAAAACGUACCUUGUUCUGUCACUGUGCACAUCUCUCCAAACAAUGGAGGUUUGCCAUUUUGCUGGUUAAGAUUCUAUUUUUUUCAUUUUUGAUGUUGAGUGAAUGAUUGCUUGUUGUUUUUAUGGUUUGGUAAAAGCUGUGCCAAUGGUUCCCUGCUGAUGACCAAUAGAUCAUUUCAUUUAAUCUUAUGUUUACAAUCUUUUAAGUUUAUAAAGUGACUGAAUUGUUGUAGAAGUCACUUAACAUGCAGGCAUGUUGAACUAAACUUUUUAACUGUUAUAUAAUUGUGCAUAUGUUAUUUUCCUAAUUUGGUUUAGGCCAAAGAGGCUGGAGCUCCUAAUAAUCUGUCAAUAUACUGAGACAAUGCCCACUGUAACAUGUUUUCAGUACAUUUAUAUUAUUUUAAUAAUUAUAUAUACAUGUGGCCCACUGUGUUUGAAUACAAAAGCUGUGGAAAGUCAGCCUUUUCCUGGGUUACAGAAAUUUAAGGACCAAUAUAAGGGUAAAAUCCCAGUGUAGAUUGUUGACAAAUACUUUGAAGUCUUUGAUAUUAUGGUAUUGUCCUAUCACAAAAUUAUUCCUAGACAUACAAUAUUAUCAAAUAUUUUUGUUACGUAAAGCUUCUUUGUAAAGGCUUUUUUUCUUUUCUUUUUUCUCCAUGACAGCGCAUUAGAGAGCCUAUGGUCAAUAUCUAUGCUGUUGAAGUCAUGUCUAUCAUUAUUUUUUAUUUUUUCCAUUCCCUUGUAUCAGUGUUACAUGUACAUUCCUCGAAUAAUAUUGAAACCCUAGUACAUGAACUCUGCUGUAAAAAUGGAGAGAUUAGUCUUAUUUACAAACUGUUCCUCACUGGACUUAAAGAGCCAUAUCCGAUGUUAGCUGGUUAGUACUGCAUUUAUCUUCCACAGUCUCGGUAUUAGGGUAAACCUCUGUGAAAGCACAUGUCACUACAAAUAUUCAACUUUUAUUAUCUGUUCAAAAGCAAUAACUGUACGAUCAAUGUAUAUGUAAACGUGUAAAUAAAUAAGGUUAUAAUAUA